AAAAGACGGGGUGUGUCUCUGCUGUUCUGGCCUUAUUCGACGCGUGACUGUGCUGUCACCAUCCCCAGAGUCCACUGCUAUCCAUAGCGGCUCGAAACUCGCCGAGACUCGGGACCGCCCAAUCACCCCCACCCCGACAGAACUGCUGAAGAGUGACACAGGGUGUGAUUGCACUGUUGCAGCACGCACUGGGUCCCCCUGCACACCGCCCACUCAGUGCAUCUCCAUCCUUUAUGGCUGACAUCGACGGCAGCUCUUCUCCCCUCCCUCCCCACCCCUCCGGGCCCUCCCGCACCUAUCCCGAAGCACGGCUGCCGCAUCUUCAGGCCAGCAGGGCGCGGAACGCCAUGUAUGUCACGUCGAGAGGCACCAUCGUUGAGCCGCUGCUCGAACGACGCUUCAAGCCAAUGACCCAGACCACCGACAGCCCACAGCAGACAGAGAGGAAGACCGCCACAUCUCAACACACCCGCCCACGCACCAAAGGUGCGAGGAAGCUGUCGGCACAGACCUUCCCGUAUGAAGCCAGGUUCGCCCGGUCGCCCCAGCCGGUGCAGGCGCGUGUGACGAGGCAUUCCCUUCUGCAUCCUUUGACACUUGGAGAUCCUGUAGAUUCUGCUGAUAAGAAGCAGAAUGGUGGUGGUGCUGGUGGUGCUGUGGUUGGUGAGGAUCGUGAAGCGGGCGAGAAGGAGAGGGCGGUGCUGCGGGAGAUGGAGGAGGUCGCAGCGGUGCCUGUGGAGACACCGAGCCCUCUUCUGCUGCAUCCGGCUGUACAGACCGCAGCAAGUAACGGGACGCGAGUAAGCACACACACACACGAGAGAGAGAGAGAGAGAGAGAGACAUCUCCCCUGCACAGACACACCGACAUUUUCUCUUUGCUCUUUGCUCUUUCUCUGUGGUGCUGCGUGCAGGUGGUUGUGAUGAGUGAGGACGCCUGGAACCGCAUCAAGCGCGUCGUCAGCACCGCCGUCGACGCCAAGAACACCGCCGAGGCAAAACACCGCGAGGCACAGAACAAGCUCCUCUUCACCAAGAAAAUCGACGACCUCGAGUACAGAGUCGCCAAACUCCAGUCCGAACGCAUCGAGCUCCUACGGGACCUCGGCACACGCGAGGCCGCCUUCUCGUCAUCCUUCUGCCUGAAAGCCCGGCUGGAGGCCUGCAAAGUGGCGAGCAUUGGCAUGGUGGAUGCGCUGGAGGCCUCCCUCAAGACAGUGCAGGAGCAGAAGCAUGUCGAGGAGAAACUGGAGGAGGGCAUGACACACCUGGGGAGGUUCGAGCACAACGAGCGGAAGGCGCUCGACGCGAGAAUGGUGGAUGAGGCGCUGGCUGGUGACGAGGAGGCAGUAUCCGCGUCGGAUGACGUCGGCAGGGAGGCCGCGCAGUGGCUGCGGUGCGUCAUGGGAGGGAUGGAGUCGCAUGAGGGGAGCAUGGUGCUGCACCGGUCCUCGGGGAUCAUCAAGGUGACAGGCAAGGCCGAUCCGAGCUCGGGCGAGGGCCGAUACUGCGUUGUGACCAUCUAUAUCACCUUUCUUGCCAUGCCGGUGGGUCGGGUCGGUGGGGAAAAAGAUACUUUACGACAAAGGGAACCAUGGGAAGAGUGGGUAAGGGAGUGUCUUUGCUUUAUCUUCAGGGUGCGUAUGUUCCUUCGGCAGGUGAGGGUGCCCCGUUCCAUCCACCGACGUACCUCGAGCACUCCAGACAAGCGGUAGGCGAGCCAAAAGGCUCGAUACCUUGCCCUCCCUCACUGCUGUGGUGAUGGUCAGGGAUACUCCCGCGAUCCUGUCAGCCCCGGCGCCAGCCCGUGUUCACCGCACGGAGCCGCGGCGGGCGUCCCUUCUGUCAUGCCUGAGCUGAUUCUGGUGGUGUUCGACGUCAUGGUGAGUCAGCCCGGCGUCAUUAUUCUCCGCCAACCGGUACCCUGUCUCUUUUUCUGUGUGCCUGUGUGUGUCAGGCGUCGACACACUAUUGGGUACCGCUGCCUCUCGACAUUCAGGUGGGCUGACCCGAGCCGACCUGCCUCUGCCUCUGCCUGUCUGUAUGUCAUCGGAUGGAUGAAUGUUUUCAGGCGACAUCAGUGGACGACCUGGCUCAGCAAGUCAUCCCUGACUGCCACUUCUCGGUUCGUCGGUUCGGUACCCCUCCCUCUCACACACACACAUUAAAUAACUACCAGGGGGCGUAACGUCCCUGCGUGUGCGUCUCCCUCCCUCGGGUCAGGCUGAGGACUCCAACGGCCAUCUUCAGUUUACCUUUGCCUUUGCCGGCCGGCACAGGCCAUCCGGUGCUCUUGUGUGGAAGGGACACAUGGUGCUGCAGACCAGGCAUGGCGAUCAUGGCGAUUCAGCAGGCCAAGGCAGAGGGAGACAACACGAAGGAGCCAGUAGUGGCCGGUUUGUUGAGAUCACCAUCAGCGAGGGGCCGUGCAGAUACUUCACUGUCAGGUGAGGACGGACACACGAUGAAGGGAUGGAUGGAUGGAUGGUUCUGUCCAUCUGGUGGAUUGGGUUUGUGUCUCGCUGUCGUGCACGCCGCAUGGCAUGGAUGUAGGGCUUUUGACCCGGCGGCAUGUGAGCUGUAUAGCUCAUUUGUCGACAGAGACACGAUUGAGGUAUGAGAUGUGCCUGUGCACCGAGAGACGAGCAACAGCCCACGGAGCGCCUGUCCGUGCCCUGUGGCCGCUCUCUCUCAGGAUCUGGUUGAGUGCGAGGACGACGGCGGCAGUGACGCCGAUACCUCCCCUACUGGUGGCUCCAAAAGCACGACAGUAAGUGACCAAACAACCAAGCCCCCCUUCAUCUCACAAACAUACAUACAAACAUACAUACCCCCUCUCUCCUUUCCUCACUCAGGUGAAAGCCAUCCUCCGGCACCUCUUCCUGGACCUGCGCGCCAACACCCUCGCCCUUGACGAGGACAUCAUCGCCGAAAACGCUAGAAUCCAGGCAACAUCCCUCUCGCCAACACCGCGCUCGUCGGUCCCCCUGACGGCCGCGACGAGCGCCACUCCGCCGCAUAAGGCGUUCCAGGCGAUGGAGGAGGAUCGGCGGUGUGUGGUGUUCCGGCAGGCUAGUGCCAUGGGAGAGAGAGGGGGAGACAAGAGGGGAGGGAGAUACCACCUGGCGAUAGUGCAGGCUAAUCUGCAUAAGAAACGGCUCAAGAUUGUCGUGUACGCGACAUUGAAAUGUGUGUGUGUGGUUGGAUUGGGAGCUUCUCCUCUCUCGGCUUUCCUUCUUUUUCAGGUAUGACCCGAGCGCAGCGAUCGAAGAUAGGCGUGACAGCGCCGAAAGCGAUCGCGACGGCUCGCCGUCAACAGGCGCCGUCUGGACAAGAGAACUGCCCCUCGUGAGCACCACCCAUCCCCCACACCCCUGACACACCCACAUACCUACCACACACGGAUGUCUCUCUCCCUUCGCUGCCCAUUGCAGGAGCCGACCCUCCAGGCGAUGAAAGACCCCAAUGCCUCCACUGCCCUGCAAUGGGCUCGGCGCAGCAGCACAGAGGGACUGCUGCACGAGGGAGAGGGCGAGGAUGAGGGCAGGGCUGCGCUGCAGAGGGCGAUGAAGGUUAUAGUGGAGAGGCUGUCGAUGGAGAAGGACGGCAGUCUCACCGUCAAGCUGGCCUGAAUCACUAUGGUGGUGCAUGGCGUGUGGUGUCUGUGUGCCUGUGGGUGUGGGGUGUGGAGUGUGGCGUGCU